GCGCAUGCGCAGCCGAUCUGUCGACUGUGAUGAUGCAUGCGUAACCUGUCAAGAAGGUUGUUUUGGUCACUCGCGAGAUUUGUUACAACAGAUGAUCUCACGGAAUAUGUAUUCUCAUUGCAAAAACACGCGACAAUCUCGAAAAUGACUGCGUCUUAUCUAGGCGUGAGCGACAUCGUCCAUCUGAACGUUGGUGGCACUAGAUUCUCCACAUCCCGUCAAACGCUGACAUGGAUUCCAGAUUCUUUUUUCACAGCUCUGUUGAGUAAUAGAAUCGAUAGUCACAAGGAUGAAACUGGUGCACUUUUUAUCGAUAGAGACCCAAAAUUAUUUUCCAUCAUAUUAAAUUAUCUUCGUACUAAAGAUAUUGAUCUGAAAAAUGUAGAUAUUCGAACUUUAAGGCAUGAAGCUGAAUACUAUGGCAUUACCCCCUUAGUUAAGCGGUUGAUGCUCUGUGAAGACUUGACUCAAUCAUCUUGCGGUGAUGUACUAUUUUAUGGUUACUUACCACCUCCAAGUAUACCGCUUCAAGAACCUGUUGCAGUAACAGCAAAUGUCAGUGAUGUAUCUGUUCAUAUUAGAGUUAGUUCCAGUGCAAACUCCAGAGUUGAAGGACCUUCUACUUCACAAUCUGUGACAACUACUAAUUCAACUAAUCAAAGUGCCAAUGGUCCACAAAAUCACAAAGGAGCAAUGGGAACGCAUAUGAGAAAUUCCUCUUUAGAUUAUCGAUUGCCACAACGCGGUCUUCCGCAUUCUCGCACACCAUCCUUAGAUCUGAGACAUGCCAGAAACAAUUCAGCUGAUCUAAACAAAUUGUAUAAAAAUGAUAUUGGCCUAGUAUUUGGAUCGCAGCAAGUUUCGUCAUGGGUAGAUCCUCUGAGAGUACAGAUUAUAAAGGCACACCACAACUGGAUAGUUAUUGCUUAUGCCCAUUUCAUUACGUGCUAUCGAUUAAAAGAUUCGUCUGGAUGGCAACAUGUAUUUACCAGUCCGCAUAUCGAAUGUAUUAUAGAGCGCGUGGCGAUAAACGCAAAAAUGGGAAGUGGUGCGGACGGCAAGAUGGUUGCGAUCUCCUAUGGCAGUCAAGUAAGACUCUGGGGUGUGUCCGAGGAAGGAAUCAAGAUCAACGUGGGCACGUUCAACUUGAAUGUACGAGUGGAGUACUUGUUCUUUAUUGGCAGCCAACUAGUUGCAUUAUCACCAACUGGAAAAAUCGGCGUGUGGCAUGCGAUGACUCAUCACUGGCAGAUACAGGAUGUAGUGCCCAUCCUGUCAUUUGAUACGGCUGGGUCUUUUCUCCUAUUAGGCUGCAAUAACGGUUCUAUUUAUUAUAUUGAUAUGCAAAAAUUUCCUUUGCGAAUGAAGGAUAACGACCUACUCGUGACCGAGUUAUAUCGAGACCCGAGUUAUGAUCCUAUAACUGCGAUAUCUGUGUAUUUAACACCAAAAACAACAUCUGAGAGGGGAAAGGGAGGUCUCUGUGGAAAUUGGAUAGAAAUCGCCUAUGGCACGAAAUCCGGAAGUGUCAGAGUAAUCGUCCAACAUCCCGAAACUGUUGGCCACGGUCCGCAGCUAUUUCAAACAUUUACAGUACAUCAGAGCAGCGUAACCAAAGUAACACUCUCGGAGAAAUACUUAGUGUCAGUGUGCUCGGAAUAUAAUCACGUCAGAAGUUGGGCGGUGACCAGAUUCCGCGGAAUGAUUUCAACUCAACCUGGAUCGACACCCGAGGCAAGUUUCAAAAUCGUUUCUUUGGAGGCAAUCGAUCCAUGCGUCAGCUAUAAUGCCGGAAAUGACUUUGGACCAUUCGGCGAACAGGACGACGAGCAAGUGUUUGUACAAAAAGUUGUACCCGAAACCGAUCAAUUAUUCGUGCGAUUAGCGUCGAAUGGAAAAAGAGUUUGCGUAAUACAGUCGGUGGACGGCAGUAUCAUAAGCUCAUUCUAUGUGCACGAGUGUGAAGGUUCUAGUCGCAUGGGCUCGAGACCCAGACGCUUCAUAUUUACUGGUCAUUCUAACGGCACCAUACAAAUGUGGGAUCUCACAACGGCAUUGGAUCCGUCUUUCAAUGCCACUCAAGCAACAGACACUUCAGGUGGACCUACGCCAGAGGAACUUUGGAAGUUAUUGGAUCAAUGUGAUCUAAGUAACAGCCACUGCUCCACGCCUUGUAUUAGUCCAUCACCUUCAUUGAUCGCAGCUGGACCUAGAAUUAAGUCCAGCAACGUAUUAUUUCUCAAUCAAUCACAAAAUUCAGAUGCAAUACCUGGACCAAGUCAAACAUAAAAGUGUGCUCAAUCAAAUCUUAAAUCGUGCCUUGCAAAUGCACGCAAUCAGAAUCUGCAUUUAAUUGAUCAUUUAUUUAUUAAUGAAUCACUUUAAACCAUCAAAAACAAAGUCUGUAGCCAUAGUUCCUAAAUCAAUAUCUUUGCAUUCAUGUAUAAUGAAACCGAAGUUCAUUAUUUAUCUUAAAUGGUGCAAUCUAAAA